GUAAAAGAAGAAAAACACAAAAAAACAUUCACUCAGCCACACAGGAUCUCUCUCUCUCUUUCUCUUUCUCUUUCUCUCUCUCACUUUGCGUACUUAGCAGCUAAGUAGCUAAAAGUUGUGCUGCUGCUUUGCUCCUCCAUUGUUAGGGUUUCUGGAUCUCUCCUGUCUCUCUUUCUGGAGGCUUAGGAACAUUUAAUACUGCUUAUCCUGGAGGUUUAGGGUAGAAAGUAAUGUCUGCUACGAGAGGAGGUCCUGAUCAAGGACCGUCCCAGCCUCAGCAGCGCCGGAUCAUACGGACUCAGACUGCUGGAAACCUCGGAGAGUCAUUCGACAGUGAAGUUGUUCCGUCGUCGCUUGUUGAGAUUGCUCCUAUUCUCCGUGUUGCUAAUGAGGUUGAAUCUAGCAACCCUAGGGUUGCGUAUCUCUGUCGGUUUUAUGCAUUCGAGAAAGCUCACAGGCUGGAUCCCACCUCCAGUGGAAGAGGUGUUCGGCAGUUUAAGACUGCACUUCUACAGCGUCUUGAAAGAGAGCACGAUCCAACACUGAUGGGCAGGGUUAAGAAAAGCGAUGCCCGUGAGAUGCAGAGCUUUUAUCAGCAUUACUAUAAGAAGUAUAUCCAAGCUUUGCAGAAUGCCGCAGAUAAGGCUGACCGUGCUCAGCUGACAAAGGCAUACCAAACUGCCAAUGUUUUGUUUGAGGUGUUGAAGGCUGUUAAUCUGACACAGUCUAUUGAGGUUGACCGGGAGAUUUUGGAAGCUCAAGAUAAGGUUGCAGAAAAGACACAGUUGUAUGUCCCCUAUAAUAUCCUGCCUCUCGACCCUGAUAGUGCAAAUCAAGCGAUUAUGAGAUAUCCUGAGAUCCAAGCUGCUGUUCUUGCUCUUCGCAACACUAGAGGUCUUCCUUGGCCAGAAGGUCACAAGAAAAAGAAAGAUGAAGACAUGCUUGAUUGGCUUCAAGAAAUGUUUGGAUUUCAGAAAGACAACGUGGCUAAUCAAAGGGAGCACCUGAUUCUACUACUUGCUAAUGUGCAUAUAAGACAGUUUCCUAAGCCUGACCAGCAGCCAAAGUUGGAUGAUCAAGCACUGACAGAAGUGAUGAAGAAGCUCUUCAAGAACUAUAAGAAAUGGUGCAAAUACCUUGGUCGAAAGAGUAGUCUUUGGUUGCCAACUAUACAGCAGGAAAUGCAACAGCGCAAGCUAUUGUAUAUGGCCCUGUAUCUUCUAAUCUGGGGUGAAGCAGCGAACUUGAGAUUCAUGCCAGAGUGUCUCUGCUACAUUUAUCAUCAUAUGGCAUUUGAACUCUAUGGUAUGCUGGCUGGGAAUGUUAGUCCUAUGACUGGGGAAAAUGUGAAGCCAGCUUAUGGUGGCGAGGAAGAUGCAUUCUUGAGGAAAGUUGUGACUCCUAUCUAUGAAGUGAUUGGCAUGGAGGCUCAAAGGAGCAAGAAAGGGAAGUCCAAGCACUCCCAAUGGAGGAACUAUGAUGAUUUGAAUGAAUACUUUUGGUCAGUUGAUUGUUUCCGAUUAGGCUGGCCCAUGCGAGCUGAUGCUGAUUUCUUUUAUCCGCCUGUUGGUGAGCCCAAUACAGAAAAAGAUGGGGAUAACAGCAAGCCUGCUGUUGCCAGGGAUAGAUGGGUGGGGAAAGUUAAUUUUGUUGAGAUUCGUUCCUUCUGGCAUGUCUUCAGAAGUUUCGAUCGAAUGUGGAGUUUCUAUAUUCUGUGCCUUCAGGCCAUGAUUAUUAUGGCUUGGGAUGGUGGAGAACCAAGUUCUGUCUUUGGAGCUGAUGUAUUCAAGAAAGUUCUGAGUGUGUUUAUCACAGCUGCAAUAAUGAAGCUUGGACAAGCUUCUCUUGAUGUGAUCCUCAGUUUUAAAGCUCAUCGGAGCAUGUCGCUACAUGUUAAACUAAGAUACAUCCUGAAGGUGUUAUCUGCUGCAGCAUGGGUUAUUAUUCUGCCUGUUACAUACGCUUACAGCUGGAAAGACCCUCCAGCAUUUGCCGUAACUAUCAAGAGUUGGUUUGGGAAUGCCAUGCACUCACCUUCACUGUUUAUAAUAGCUGUCGUUUUCUAUCUGUCGCCUAAUAUGCUCGCGGGGGUGCUGUUUCUUUUCCCUCUGCUACGUCGGUUUCUUGAGAGGUCCAACUACAGAAUUGUGAUGCUAAUGAUGUGGUGGUCUCAGCCCAGACUCUAUGUUGGCAGAGGAAUGCAUGAGAGCGCAUUUUCCCUCUUGAAAUAUACCAUGUUCUGGGUGUCGCUUAUUGCAACAAAGCUGGCGUUCAGUUACUACAUUGAGAUCAAGCCUUUAGUUGCUCCAACACAAGCCAUUAUGAGAGCCCGUGUGACUGAUUUUCAGUGGCAUGAGUUCUUUCCUCGUGCCAAAAACAAUAUUGGUGUUGUUAUCGCCCUCUGGGCCCCUAUUAUUCUGGUUUACUUUAUGGAUAGUCAGAUUUGGUAUGCUAUAUUUUCCACAUUGUUUGGAGGAAUAUACGGUGCAUUCCGCCGCCUUGGAGAGAUUCGUACAUUGGGAAUGCUUAGAUCACGGUUUGAGUCACUGCCUGGCGCUUUUAAUGACCGCUUAAUUCCGGAUGGAAAAAACCAGGAAAAGAAGAAGGGAUUAAGGGCAACGUUAUCUCAUAACUUUACAGAGGAUAAGGUACCUGUUAACAAAGAGAAAGAGGCUGCAAGAUUUGCACAGUUGUGGAACACAAUAAUUAGUAGUUUCAGAGAGGAAGAUCUUAUAAGUGAUAGGGAGAUGGAUCUGUUGCUCGUUCCAUAUUGGGCUGACCGUGAUUUGGAUCUCAUUCAGUGGCCUCCGUUCUUAUUGGCUAGCAAGAUUCCAAUAGCUUUGGAUAUGGCAAAAGACAGUAAUGGGAAAGACAGAGAGCUGAAGAAGAGGAUUGAGAGUGACUCUUAUAUGAAAUGUGCUGUCCGUGAAUGCUAUGCUUCAUUCAAGAAUAUCAUAAAAUUUUUGGUUCAGGGAAAUCGUGAAAAAGAGGUGAUAGAGAUUAUAUUUUCUGAGGUCGACAAACAUAUAGAAUCAGGUGAUUUGAUUCAAGAGUACAAGAUGAGUGCUCUUCCUAGCCUCUAUGACCACUUUGUCAAGCUGAUAAAAUAUUUGCUAGACAAUAACGAGGAUGAUAGAGAUCACGUUGUAAUUCUCUUCCAAGACAUGCUGGAAGUUGUAACAAGAGACAUUAUGAUGGAGGAUUACAAUAUAUCGAGUUGUCUCUGUAGCUUGGUAGAUUCGAGUCAUGGUGCCACUUGGCAUGGGGGAAUGAUCCCUCUCGAACAACAAUAUCAGCUGUUUGCAUCUUCAGGUGCCAUUAGAUUUCCUAUUCAACCAGUAACAGAAGCUUGGAAAGAGAAGAUCAAACGGCUGUAUCUUUUGCUGACUACUAAAGAGUCUGCUAUGGAUGUCCCCUCUAACUUGGAAGCAAGAAGGCGGAUCUCUUUCUUCUCAAAUUCAUUGUUCAUGGACAUGCCUACGGCACCUAAAGUUCGCAACAUGCUAUCAUUUUCUGUUUUGACUCCAUAUUACACUGAAGAGGUCCUCUUUUCCUUGCGGGACUUGGAAACACCAAAUGAAGAUGGUGUUUCGAUCCUCUUUUACCUACAGAAGAUUUUUCCAGAUGAAUGGAACAAUUUUCUUGAGCGGGUGAAGUGCGUAAGUGAAGAGGAACUUAAAGACUUAAACGAUUUAGAUUUAGAGGAAGAACUUCGGUUAUGGGCUUCAUACAGGGGGCAAACUUUGACUAGAACUGUACGAGGAAUGAUGUACUAUCGCAAAGCUUUGGAGCUUCAGGCAUUCCUUGACAUGGCCAUGCACGAAGAUUUGAUGGAAGGUUACAAGGCCGUAGAACUAAAUUCAGAGAACAAUUCAAGAGGCGAAAGAUCACUCUGGGCACAGUGCCAAGCUGUUGCGGACAUGAAGUUUACAUAUGUUGUAUCAUGUCAACAAUAUGGUAUUCAUAAACGAUCCGGUGAUCCUCGUGCGCAGGAUAUAUUGAGGCUUAUGACAAGAUACCCUUCGCUCCGUGUUGCAUAUAUUGAUGAGGUCGAAGAACCAGUGAAAGACAAGCCAAAGAAAGGGAACCAGAAAGUGUAUUAUUCUGUGUUGGUAAAGGUCCCUAAGUCAACUGAUCAUUCCAGCCCAGCACAAAAUCUAGACCAGGAUAAUUACAUGGAGGAAGCCUUAAAGAUGAGGAAUUUGCUUCAAGAAUUUCUUACAAAGCAUGAUGGUGUGAGGCAUCCAUCCAUUCUUGGGCUCAGGGAACAUAUUUUUACUGGAUCCGUUUCCUCCCUGGCUUGGUUCAUGUCAAAUCAAGAGACUAGUUUUGUUACGAUUGGUCAGAGAUUACUGGCAAAUCCUUUGAGGGUUCGUUUCCACUAUGGUCAUCCAGAUGUGUUUGAUAGACUGUUCCAUCUAACGAGAGGUGGUGUUAGCAAAGCAUCCAAGGUUAUCAACCUCAGUGAAGACAUAUUUGCUGGAUUCAAUUCUACACUUCGUGAAGGAAAUGUUACCCAUCAUGAAUACAUACAAGUUGGUAAAGGAAGAGAUGUUGGUCUAAAUCAGAUCUCUAUGUUUGAGGCCAAGAUUGCUAACGGGAAUGGAGAGCAGACAUUAAGUCGGGACAUUUACAGGCUUGGACACCGUUUCGACUUUUUCCGUAUGAUGUCGUGUUACUUCACCACUGUCGGGUUUUACUUCAGCACCCUGAUUACCGUUCUCACUGUCUACAUCUUCCUCUAUGGACGUCUCUAUCUUGUUUUGAGUGGGCUCGAGCAAGGGUUGAGUACACAGAAAGGCAUCCGAGACAAUACACCUUUGCAAAUAGCUCUUGCUUCACAGUCCUUUGUUCAGAUUGGGUUCCUGAUGGCUUUGCCUAUGCUUAUGGAAAUUGGAUUAGAGAGGGGUUUCAGGACUGCCUUGAGUGAAUUUGUGCUGAUGCAGCUUCAAUUGGCGCCAGUGUUCUUUACGUUCUCCCUUGGAACAAAGACCCACUACUACGGAAGGACUUUGCUUCAUGGCGGUGCCAAGUACAGGUCAACAGGCAGAGGGUUUGUCGUGUUUCAUGCCAAAUUCGCAGAUAACUACAGACUCUAUUCCCGGAGCCAUUUUGUUAAAGGGCUGGAGAUGAUGCUGCUGCUUGUUGUGUAUCAAAUAUUUGGAAGUGCUUACAGAGGCGUGCUUGCAUAUCUUUUGAUCACCAUAUCUAUGUGGUUCAUGGUGGGAACUUGGCUUUUCGCUCCCUUCCUCUUCAAUCCUUCCGGCUUUGAAUGGCAGAAAAUAGUUGAUGACUGGACUGAUUGGAAUAAAUGGAUAAACAACAUCGGUGGUAUUGGUGUACCGGCGGAGAAAAGUUGGGAAUCGUGGUGGGAGGAAGAGCAAGAGCAUCUGCGAUAUUCUGGAAAGCGUGGUAUAAUUGUUGAGAUUUUGUUAUCCCUGCGGUUCUUUAUCUAUCAGUACGGGCUUGUUUAUCAUCUCACGAUUACAGAGAAGACUAAAAACUUUCUGGUUUAUGGAGUAUCAUGGCUGGUGAUUUUCUUGAUAUUGUUCGUAAUGAAGACUGUUUCGGUUGGAAGGAGGAAAUUCAGCGCGAGUUUCCAGCUGAUGUUCCGGUUGAUAAAGGGGCUAAUAUUCAUGACAUUUAUCGCAAUUAUUGUGAUAUUGAUCACACUUGCUCACAUGACGAUACAAGACAUAAUUGUGUGCAUCCUUGCAUUUAUGCCCACAGGCUGGGGUAUGCUCUUGAUUGCGCAAGCGUGUAAGCCGGUGGUUCAUAGAGCAGGAUUCUGGGGAUCAGUGAGGACACUAGCUCGAGGGUAUGAGAUAGUAAUGGGACUGUUGCUGUUCACGCCAGUGGCGUUCUUGGCUUGGUUCCCGUUCGUGUCGGAGUUCCAAACGCGUAUGCUCUUCAAUCAAGCUUUCAGUAGAGGUCUUCAGAUCUCUCGUAUCCUUGGAGGUCAUAGGAAGGAUCGCUCUUCAAGAAACAAGGAAUGAGACUCCCUCCCUCUUCGUUGUUCAUGCAGCAAUGUCUCUACUUUAUCAUUUUGCUCAUGUUGUAUGGAUUGACUAGUGUUAAAGAUUAUGUUCAUCUAGUUUUUAGCUCAUCUUAGAAUUUACAUAAAAGAAAAGUAAAAACACUUUAGUACGUGAUCUAUUUAUUUAGUGACUGUUUAAUCUCUCAUAACCUGUUCAUGUUUGACUCAACAACAAUGGCAGUAGUUUCAUACAAAUCAGAACUUGCAUCUUAGAGCACU